UAACUCUUUACCUGACAGGUGAUUGAAGAGGCAUUAACUUUCACUAUGGAUGUGGUGGAGGGCAAACGAAAGGCAGCCAAGAAUGAGAAUGAGUUUAUCUACCACGAAGAAGUGCCAGAUAAAGAUGCUUUGCCUGAAAUCAAGGGUGCAGCCCUCGUGAAGGGCAUCCCUUUCGUUGUCACUGACCCGGACAUCGCUGGACCCGAUAUCUUCGGCAGGCUUGUCCCUAUGAAGGCUCAUGAGGCUUCCUCGUUGUACAGUGAGGAGAAAGCCAAACUACUGCGGAAGAUGGGCGCCUUGAUGGAUGAGAAGGAUCAGGAGUUGGUAGCCUUCAUGUCCUCUCUGCACCUGGAUUGUGUCAACGCUCACCUGGAACCUGACAGGCUACCUCAGGACAUUGUGGAUCGCUGUGCAGCUCUCAGUGCAAAGCCAGACGCCAUCCAGAACUUGAUUGAAUCCAUGGACAAGCUCUCCGAUAUUUACCAUGAUGUAGAAGCCAUGCUGAAGGAGAUUAUGGAACUUAUUCAUAACGAGGAGGUAGAAGAGAAGGAGUAUCAGGAGGUGAUGGGCAGUCGUCCACCAUCCAUCGUGGCCACAGACCUGACAAGAGAGGCCAACAAGUACGAGGAGGCCCACAACAAGGCUGCAGAGAGCAAUAAAACACUGCACAAGGCGAUGACUCAGCACAUAGCCAACCUGCGCCUGCUAGAGCUGCCUCUCGCACAGCUAGCACAGCAGAUACCCACAGUAACUGCACUCAAUCUGGAUCAGCAACCGAUAGUGAACGAGAUGCAGCACUUGGUGGGCAAGGUGGAGGAGAUGAGGCGACAACGGGCGAUGUUGGCCACUCAAUUGAGAGAAUCUGUCUGCGGAGACGAUAUCACAGCCCAGCUGGUCACCAGACAACAUGACAACUUGGACACCAUAUUCCAGGAGGAGCUGCAGAAACAUUCCAAAUAUGUAACAUUCAUCGAACAAAAUUUAGCAGCCCAAGAAAAUAUCAUCAAGGCUCUGACAGAUGCUUAUGCCCAGUAUGCUCCCGUACGCAAAGCUACAAUGGAAGUAAUCAGGCAACGGAAUAUGACACUUUCUGCUCUCAUGUCUUCUUAUGAUGCCUAUGAAGAUCUGAUAGCAAAGUCAAACAAGGGGCAAGAGUUUUACAGGAAGCUAGAAACGAAUGUUACCAAACUCUUGCAGAGGGUGAAGGGGACGUGCAAGGUUCAACAGGAGGAGAGAGAUACGAUUCUGGCGAAGAACUGUAAGACUUUACCUUCGAAAGUUAAACCAAUAACUGAUGAACCGAUUUCUCAAAGUAUAACUUCUUCAGGGACAGGUGGUCCAAAGUUGAAAGAUUACUUGGAUAACUAUAAAAGAGACAAGGCCGGAGGAUAUUCUACUCAAAGUCCUGCAGCACAUGUACAAGAUGCCUACUACAGUGCAGGAAGCUUACCGUCGUCCAACCCUGUAGGAUAUCACGAGAGUAUACCACAGUACGACACGACUCAGUCUUGGAUUCCAAGUGUGAGACCAGCACCGGUCGGACAAGAAGGAACAUGUCCUAGUACAACCUCACAAGAUUUGAAACCAGAACCCACUUACUCCGGUUAUACUUCUUAUCCUGGCAGUAAGCCAUAUGGUGCUGAUAAUGCUCAGUUAUCCCAACAUUAUGCUGACCAGUACUCCUCGUAUAUGAGCCAGUAUCAGCAAUACCCUACAACAUCUUCACCUUACCACAUGCCUUCGAACUAUCCUAAGUCGAAUGAACCCAUGGGAUACUCCAAAGUUUCACCUAAUUAUCCUCCGAGUACCCCGAGUCCUCAGCUGCAAGGAGGUGCUCCCAGCACUGCAGCUACAUAUCCUGUUCCUGCUCCUUCACCUUCUUCAGUCGGUCAUAACUACCUUCAACCUUCUUACGAUCCUUAUAAGGUACCGACAACUGUUGGACAAGGAUAUACACCACCAACAACACUGCCACAAGCUUAUGGCACUUACAGUGGUUCUCAGUAUAGCCAGAACUACACGAAUACUCUACCACAAAAUGUGAACUAUCCUUCACAAGUUGGGCAAAUCCAACCUGAAAACUAUCCAUCCAAUCUUCAACAUAUGAAUGCCCAAUAUCCAAACAGUGGUUCUCAAACUUAUCAAACUCAGAACAUUCCUCAAAUACAGAACUAUUCUUCAAACUCUACAAUUCCCCAACACAGUUAUCCAUCAUCAAAUCCAGUUCCUCAAGGAACAAAUUACCAAAUACAAGCAACAAACGUACAUCCAAGUUCCUCACAACCCUCCAUUCAAGCGUAUCAGAAUCCAACAUCUACAUACCCUCAGACAUCAGUGAGUCAUAGGAGUUCUCUAACUUCGAUUGAUCAGACCAUUUCCAAUAAUUUUAGUGCAUUGCAAGGUAACCUAACUGCCGCAACGACUACAACAUAUUCCACCCAAGGUCCACUAUCUAAUGCUCCAAGUGUUCCUGUUCAGGAAAAACAAGAAGUGCAAGGUUAUCCUCAGCAACAGAAUAUUUCUGAAAACUACAACUAUCCUACUCCAUCCAUCAGUCAAGGAGUAUCUCAGAAUACCACAGUAACUCCACAGUAUUCAAGUUACAUUCCUCAGAAUUACACUUCCUACUUGAACAAUGAACAGUAUUCACUGCCAGCUAACUACUCCGGAGCACAGCCAUGGCAAAGUUCGUAUGACGUAAAAAAUACCCAUUCGACUUAUCAAAAUUACUACGCAACGAGUCAAUAUCAGAACUACUACUCCGAGGCCAGUACCGAGCUACAGUACACUCCAGCUACAGCUGCUUCCCAUUAUACUCGUGCCGGUGUCCCCAUCGGCCCUCAGACUAGCUCUUCAAUACCUACACAGUCCAACCAGAUGGCCCAGCCCAACUACACUCAAGGCAACUACUAUCACCAUCCUUACGGCUACCAGUACACAUCAGGAACUUUGCAGAGCAAUACGGUUUGUGAGUCUCCCUCUUCACCCAGAGUGUAUCCCGGGCAGACCCAAGGACAGGUCACACCUCAAAGCCCGAUGACGUACAUGCAAGCGUCCAACUCCAACUUGAAGCUCACUUUCAGUCAGGAUUCAUCCAAGGAUGCUGCUGAAGAAAAGUCCAAUAUUGACCUGCUGGCAGGCCUGGACUUUUCCCUCAGUCAAGACCCUCUGGUGCCUCAACAGAAGGUUGUAGAAUCUCCCGCCAAAGUAUUGCCUAAACCUGCAGCUCCGACUGUGUCCUCUACUGGUAUCGAGGAGAAAAUUGCUGCAGUGACUCUUGCUGAGACAACAGCUGUGGUACCAGAUUGCAGAACCAUUCCUUUAACACCAAAAAAGAGUGUAGAAGAAAGAAGUAAAGGGAAGUUCCAGUUGAAGGAUCCUUUCAACGACACAGAAGUACUGAAUCAGUUUGUGCAAGAAGUAGAAAAAUUUGAAAAGUUUGUUGAAAGCCUUACAAUGAAAACCCUUAAUGGCCCAACGCUGCUGGACAUCAAGUGGAAGGAGUUAUUGGAAUUGCAGGAGAGGGAUAGUGUGAAGCAUAGCAUCUCUGUAGCCCGUUGUUAUCCUGUCAAGAACAGAUUCCCUGACAUCUUGCCUUAUGAUAACUCGAGAGUAGAGCUGCCCUCUACCAAGGAUGACUACAUCAAUGCUUCUUAUGUUAAGGAUAUCACACCCAAUUUCCCAGAUUUUAUUGUAACUCAGCUGCCUCUCUCAGCAACAUUUGGAGACUUCUGGACCAUGAUUCUGGAACAGCAAGUGGAACUGAUUGUCUGU